UUUGUUUUUGAGUUGCAACACGCUUGGAGCAAAACGUGGUGCACUGAUGUUGUUAUGCUGUGAAAAUUAUACCUCUGGACAUUAAGCUAUCUUUAAGAAGACUAUCAGCAGAUAGGUAAAAAGCAGAAUCAACAUUUAAUUGCAGAACAUGAGCCGGCGGUUGAUUAUAAAGACAAUCCUGUAUGCUGAACUGGGGUUUCUUGGAGCAACCUACAUUGUCUGGCAUAGGAUGAAUACAAGUCAAGAUUUCAGACAUUACAUGCAUCAGAAAUGGCCGUCCAUCCUGGAGGGGUUCUACAAAACUGGGGAAAUGUCAGGAUACAGGGAAGCCAGAAUAGCAGACUACAAGGCCUGGGGACUCCCUCAUCCAUUUGAAGAACUGUCAAAGAAGAGCUAGCACAGAUCAUGCACCAGCAAGAUUUUCUCUCAAACAAGCCUCUUAACAAUUUUGACCAGAUUUACAUGUGAGCAAAAACCUGAC